AUGCGCUCUCUUGCAGUAUUUGGCGGGACUGGAUUCCUUGGUCGUCAUAUUUGUAAAAAGGGCAUUUUGAAUGGAUGGUCGGUGUCGUCAAUCAGCCGCACAGUCCCACAACUUGACAAAGAUGUCAUUCCCAAUCUUGAAUAUAUCUCGGGAGAUAUUUUCAAGCCUGAUGUCUACAGAAACAUUAUUGAGAGCACCAACGCGGUUGUGCACACCGUCGGUUCUUUUAUGGACCACUCGGAAUAUAAAAAGGUAGUGAACGCCCCAUUGGUUCCGUCCACGGUGUUUAAGCUCGCUCAGCUUAAACUCCAGGGUCGUAACCCAAUGUCCAACACGCUCCAGCGACUAAACUACGACUCGGCAAUGGUUUUAGCCCAAACUGCCAAUGAAAUUGCUGCAAAGCAGGAGCGGGUUCUUCCAUUUGUUUAUAUCUCGGCUGAAAAUUGGAGCAGUCUCGCCGACCCAAACUAUAUCGCGACCAAACGUCGUGCUGAGCAUGAUCUGAUGGGGCUCAAAAACCUGAGACCUGUGUUUUUGCGUCCUGGGUUCAUGUACGAUAGCAACGCACAACCAGAGUGUUGGCCGUCGUUCAGAUCAGCUCUGACAAUGGCUGUCGGCGUCAAGGACAAAGUUAGCGGCCAGCCACCGUCGCGCAUUUCCGUCCAAGCCGUAGCGGCAGCAGCUGUAGAGGCAGCCGAAGAUGAUGAGAUCAUAGGUGUUGUUUCGAAUGAAGCAUUGGCUGAGUUUGAUGUCAUGCGAUAA